AUGAACAAUGGAGUCCUCAUCUUGCUGGAUAGUGUUGACAAAGUCAGCAUGGUUGUAGAGCAAGUGACGGGACUUUCUGCAGCUGGAGGAGAGAAGAAGGAGGAGCUGAGAGGAGUUGUUGGAGGAAGCAUCACUCUGCCCGCUUCGCUCCUGCGGAAAGGCUUUCUCUACUAUAACAGAAGUGUCAUAGCUUCGGUGAUAAAAGGAGAAUUUGACAUACAACAUUACCGUUAUGUGAACAGAGUUCACUGGAACAAACAGACUGGACUCUUUACAAUCACAGACCUGCAGAGGAACUACUCAGGAGUUUAUACGGUGGGCUCUAAAGAGGAGCCGGUUUACAGCUCCUCCUAUUUGCUCAGAGUGUUCGCUUAUUGGAUCUUUGGAGCUGUGGCUCUGCUUUUGGUAAACGUUGCUUUGACCGUCGGCGCGAUCAGAGCCGUCUUCAUCGUUUUCAUUCGUCCCCAGCAGCAGGUUAAAGACGAGAGUCCAGGAUCCAGGGCGUCCCUGUUCAGAUCUUUAUCCAGGAGCUGCUUCUGA